AUGGAUCAAUCACUCGUCGUAGAGAUCCCUUUUGAGACAUCCGAACAAGCUAAAGCGGUGUACAAUGCUAUUUUCCCCGACUCGGAGCUGAAACCAGACGAGAUCACCAGAAAAACCACCCAAGAAGAUCGCAAGCUCGUAGUCGAGUUCAGGGCCAAAAGCGAGCGAAGUCUGCGGGUGGGUGUCAACAGUUUUAUGGACACACUCGCCCUUUCCGUAGAAUGCGUUGAUUCUUUUGCCUAA